AUGACUGCUCCCCCAGCAAGACCCCACCUCGGCCUCCGGCCCUCAUCUCAUUUUUCUAUCAUAACCUCCGCACAAUCUAAUGCCGACUGGGCGGAAGAUGACGCAUGGGACUCUGGGUCGGAUGACGAUAAACCCUUGGGCUCUCGAAGACAUCCUGCUCCGCCUACACCAACACGUACCAGCUCGCUAGGAUUCUUCUCGUCCUCGGCUGCCUCUCCCAAGCUCCCCACAACUGCAUCGCCAAAGCCCCAGGCGGUACCUACGUCGGCGAACAAUUCGCCACUCAGAAAUGCUACAGCCCCCGCCCCCAUCCCAUUCAAACAACCCACUGGUCCCACCUCUCUUAAUGCUAUCCGAGCGGCGGCUCGCAAACCGGCUGGAACAGGAGAUCCAAUCCUGAGUGUGGGCUCUGGUACACCCAACUCCAGCUCAUCGAAUGCCGAACUCAGUUUCUCUUAUACCCACGUACAAGUUCCAUCCCCAAGCUCUUUCCCCCAGUCCAAUGCUUUGCCUCCUCAAGCUGAGUCCCAAGAAGAGGAGAAUAGUGUUGAGCUUUCCAGUCCUCCCGGAAAAGGCAAAGGAUGGACUUUCAUUACUGGCCGGAAGAAAGAAAAGGUAGACGAAGAUGUACUUGAACGAGAAAAAGAAGGAUACAGGCGCUGGAAAAUGUCUGCGUCGGGAUCAGUUGACUUUGCGGGGAUGGUACCUGAUGCACCAGACUCGGGUGAAGAAUCCGACGGAGAGAUGAUUGUAGGCGAUUUGGAUGUUGAGAUCGGGGAAGGGCUCAAGAUAGGAGAUGAUUUGAGUUUGGAAAGGGGGCGAGAGAAGGAGACUUUGGAAUUUGCGAGGGUUGGGAGUGACGAUAAAGGAAAACGGACAAGUGUCGGGAGAGAACCAGAAGCGGAAGAUAUUACACCCCGCGAAAAGGUUGGGGCUGAAGCAAUUCGAGAGGACGCCGAUGCUAUCGUUGCAGACCCAUUUAGUGUUCUCCGUCGUCCGGACCCCUACGGCCAUGCCUCUGGAUAUAAUAAUAAACCUCCCUCUCGAAAGUCCAGUGUCUCUCACAUCAAAUCACCGGAGCGGUCUUCGAGUAGCUCGAAGCGAAUGUCUUCAUUUGGAACAAAUGCGCCAUCGCCUGGACACGAACGAGUUGAUUCGGGUGCGGGACUGAGUCGCGGAAGGAGUAUGCGAACAAACAGGAGGCAUACACAAUUUGUAGAGUGCCUUUCGAAGGAAGAUAUCAAUAUGGCCGAGUUGAAAAAGCUUGCAUGGUCUGGCGUGCCUCCUCACCUGAGACCCAUGGUUUGGCCCCUUUUACUCGGGUAUAUGCCUCUACCUUCAUCGACUCGACUCCAGACCCUACAGAGGAAACGAGAGGAGUAUACCAAGCUUGUUAAGGUCACUUUUGCGCGAGGACGGGAAGGGUUGGAUCAACAGAUAUGGCAUCAGAUAAGAAUUGAUGUUCCGAGAACCAGACCUGGCGUAAGACUUUGGAUGGAAGCUGGUACGCACCAAAGUUUGGAGCGAAUACUAUAUGUUUGGGCGAUUCGACACCCUGCGAGCGGUUACGUACAAGGGAUUAACGACCUUGCAACGCCAUUUUAUCAAAUUUUCUUGUCAGCGUAUAUAGAUGCGGACCCUGAAAUAUACGACCCAGCAUGUCUACCUUCACAUGUUUUAAACGCCAUCGAAGCCGACACCUUCUGGAGCGUCAAAAGAAUGGCAGAGCUUGUCAAAAGGAUUGAUGGCGCUCUUGCUUCGCAUUUCGAAUCGCAAGGCGUCGAGUUUAUGCAAUUUGCUUUCAGAUGGAUGAAUUGCUUGUUAAUGCGCGAGCUAAGCGUGAAGAAUACUAUACGAAUGUGGGAUACAUAUCUGAUGGUGUCCUUCCUGGCGCUUAUGGGUUUGGCGGUAAGCGCUCUACCAGCGAUAGGCACAAAUGUCCAAUCGCGAGUGCCAAAAGCGAAGACUUUUACCUAUGAGGUGGUACCAGGAUAUUUUAUCCAGACAGAUCCCAGCACGGUUCCGGCGACUGUGGGGCCCAACCCUCCUGCAUUUGGAUUAAUUGCCAAUACAUCUGCAACAUAUUGGUCCGACUUCAAGGCCAACAUCACUAAAUUACAGAAAAAUGCUCCCAAAAAGGUCAAGUAUGCUGUAUUCUGGUUCGGAAGGCAUGGUCAAGGAUGGCAUAAUUUGGCCGAAUCGACCUAUGGUACCGCUGCCUGGGACGAUUACUGGUCGAAGCUUAAUGGAGACGGGAAUAUUACGUGGGGUCCUGACGCCCUUUUGACUGAUCUCGGUAAACAGCAAGCUCAGCUUGCACACAAUACUUGGGUCACAGAACUUGGAAAGCCUGACCCGGUUCCAUUGCCAACCAAGCUGUUCUCGUCGCCCAUGUCUCGCGCUGCUUCAACUCUCGAUAUUACAUUUACUGGGAUUCUCCUCACCGAAUCGGGGAAGAAGGACAAGGUUCGACCAUAUGUGAUGGAGGGAUUGCGUGAAGUUCUUGGAGUGCAUACAUGCGAUAAACGGCGAACUAAAACAUACAUUCACCAAACUUACAAGAAUUUUGGGAUUGAAUCUGGGUUCACUGAAGAGGAUGAGCUAUGGACUGCCGACCAUCGCGAAACCAAUGACGAAACUGAUGCUCGCUCAAGAAGAACGCUCGAUGCCAUAUUUGACCGUUUACUGGGCCCCAAAGAUAUUUGUGAUAUGGUUUAUCUUCGACUUUUUGGCUACGACUUUGUGAUUCUUAACUCUGCCAAUGCUGCAAUCGAUCUUUUGGAAAAGCGUUCUAGGAUCUAUUCAGACCGCCUAAGCCCACCAAUGUUCAAAGAUCCUUCUUUACUUAACUGGAGUGGGAAUGCUGUUUUGUUGGGUUACAGCGACCUUUGGCGAAAUUAUCGACGGAUAUUCAAUAACUGGCUCGGCUCACGCACAGUCACUCAGUUUCAUCAAUUACAAGAAUCCCAAGCCCAGCAGAUGCUCCAAAGACUAGCCAACAUUUCUGAUGACGCGAAUCCUUUCGAAGAAGUAAAACGCACUAUUUACUAUACUAUAGCGUCCUCAACUUUACGGCUAGCCUAUGGCUACAAACUCCAAUCCGAUGAUGAUAUAAUCUUACAGAAUAUCAAUCAAACGGCACACUACACAGCACAAGCGGCUAUGUUUACCAAUUUUUUUGUAAACAUAUUCCCGUCAUUAACGCAUAUUCCUGAUUGGCUCCCAGGUACGGGAUGGAAACGUACUGCUCGUGAAUGGAGGGCCUUCAAGGACAAUGCUCAAUCUAUCCCUUAUGAGUGGACCAAGGCUCAGCUUGCUGCAGGGACUGCAGAGCCAUCUAUCCUCAUAAAAGCUCAGGAAGAAAUCGACAAUGUUCUCGGGUUUGCGUCGCUCCCAAAAAUUUCAGACAGAGAGCGACUUCCAUACGUCCGCAAUCUUAUCCAAGAAGUCCUGAGGUGGCUACCACCGGUCCCAGCCGGUGUUCCUCAUGCUUCUUGGAAAGAUGAUGCUUACCGAGGUUACGAAAUAGAGCGAGGAACAGUAGUGGCAAUGACUCGUGAUGAAAGUGUAUACAGAGAUCCAGAAACCUUUAACCCAGAUCGUUUUAUGUGUUCAACCGUUCCGCACCCACCAGCAUUUGGAUGGGGAAGGCGCUGCAACUUUACUAGUUUUAAGUUUUCUAAGAAGAAAGAUACUCACGGACAGGAAAUUACGCCGCAGCUUGAAUUUGCUUCCAACUCUCUUGUCAUGGAGUUAAAGCCAUUUGACUUCGAAGUAAAAUUCCGGUCGGACAUACAUCGACAGAUGAUCUUGGAACAUGGUGGCGCUUGA